AUGCCGAAAGAUAAAACAUCGAACUAUUCGAGACUAAGACAUUUUGUGUCCGAGUUUGGCGAUGAGGUUUUUUCGAUUGACGCAAGUAUUCUGUUUUGCAAAUUGUGCGAAUGUAAGGUUAAUAGUGACAAAAAGUUUAACGUCACUCAACAUUUAAAAACGGAUAAGCAUUUAAAAGCCAUUAAACGGGAGCAAAAUAAAAUUGAAAAGAAACAGCAGUUACUUACAAAUAUUCCACAAAAGUCUACUUUUAAUAUCGAUCUAUGCAAGACUCUUAUUUCUGCAAAUAUACCAUUAAACAAGUUAUCCAAUGUAAAGUUUCGACAAUUUUUAGAAAAGUAUACUAAAAAUCAUAUUCCAGACGAAUCAACACUGAGAAAAUUGUACGUUGAUGAUAUUUACAAUGAAACAAUCGAAAAAAUUAGAUCUCAAGUAGCUAAUAAUCGCAUCUGGGUGAGUAUCGAUGAAACAACGGACGUUGAAGGACGCUUUAUUGCUAAUGUUAUCAUCGGUACUCUGGAGAUUAAACAUUCUGGAUCCAUUUUUUUACUCCACUCGGAACAAUUAGAAAAAACCAAUUUUUCUACCAUAAGUAAAGUUUUUGACAAAUCUAUGAGCAAAUUAUGGCCAAAUGGAAUACAGCACGACAAUGUACUAUUAUUUUUAUCAGAUGCGGCACCAUAUAUGAAAAAAGCUGGAAAAUCAUUAAAAGUGUUCUACUCAAAAAUGUUGCAUGUCACAUGUGCAGCACAUGGCUUACAUAGAAUUGCCGAACAGGUUCGUGACCACUUUAGCACUGUUGACAAAGUAAUCGCAAAUUGUAAAAAAGUAUUUAAGAAAGCACCUACUAGAGUCGAAAUAUUUAAAAUAGAGGCUCCAGGUAUAUGUUUACCACCAGAUCCCAUAAUUACAAGAUGGGGAUCAUGGAUUAACGCUGCCAUUUAUUACUGUGAAAAUUUGAGCACUGUUCGCGGUGUUAUUGAAAAGCUCGAUGAAGAUGAUGCAGUGAGUAUAAAAAAAACUAAAAAAUACAUAGUUAAACCCGGUAUUGAGAGCAACCUAGCGUAUAUAAAAUCAAACUUCACAAUUCUCGUAGAAGGAAUAAAUAAACUACAAACAAAAGGCCUUUCUUUAAUAACAGCGUUAAAAAUAAUUGAGGAUAUCGAAGAAUCGUUCAAAUCAUUACGGGGUGAAGCAGGUACAAUUGUAAAAAAUAAAUUUAAAACUGUAUUUGAAAAUAAUAAUGGCUUGACAUCAUUAAAACGCAUUUCUAAAAUAUUGUCGGGUGAAGAGGAAAAUAGCGAAUUAGACGGAGAUCUUGAAGAAUUGACUAGUGACGAUAUAGUAUUUUUUAAGUAUUCACCUAUUACAUCGGUUGAUGUUGAACGUUCCUUUUCGACCUACAAGUCAUUGUUGACUGAUAACCGCCGGAACUUCAAAUUUGAAAAUUUGGCAAAACACUUAAUCAUACAGUGUAACUCAGACAAUUUUGAAUAGUUGCGUACAAACGAUGUCAUAAUUCAAGGUAUCAAGUUAAUCAGUACACACAAAUUUUUUUAAACUGUAAAC